AGGCACCGCUUGCAGAGGCGUCCUGGAGAGGUAGAGCCUGCGCGUCUCUCCUCUCUCCAAGGCGUCUCUUCGGCCUCUUAACCUCCAGAGUCUACCCCCACCACCCCACCCCCCGACUCCACCAGCAGCAGCAGCACCACCACCGCUAUACCAGCACCCCCUCACACACACCAACCCCCCUCCCGCCCCCUCUCAGAAAACAAAUUCGGGAUCCAAGCAUGCCACAACAGCAGCUAGGUAUCCGCCUAUCCUCCCCCAAAGUCACCGCAGGCGCAGCAGCAGGCUUCCCCCGUCCGAGAGAGCACGGAGACUCCACCGAGUGAUGCCACUACUGCAGCAAGAAAAGCACCCAGCAACCGCGCAUACUGUCGACGCCUGCCGGAGGACCCGACACCACAAUCUCGGCCCUUGACAGAAGAGAGAGCCCCCCCUUUCCCCAAACCCCUUCGGCUCUGUUCCCGUCCCGACUCCAGGAUGUCCGACUGCAACGCAAGUCCCGCCGACCGGGUGAUCAAAUCGGUCCCCUUCCCCCUGGCCCAUCGGCUGACCAUGAAGGAGGUGUUUGACGCGGAGGGCCGGCCGCGAGUGGACCUGCUCAAAGCUCACCUCACAAAGGAAGGCCGUCUCGAGGAAGCCGUGGCCCUGCGUAUCAUCGAUGAGGGCGCCGCCAUCCUGCGCCAGGAGCGCACUAUGUUGGAUAUUGAGGCGCCAGUCACGGUGUGCGGAGAUAUCCACGGCCAGUUCUUCGACCUGAUGAAGUUAUUUGAAGUGGGAGGCUCUCCUGCGAACACACGCUACCUCUUCCUAGGGGACUACGUGGACAGGGGGUACUUCAGUAUUGAGUGUGUGUUGUACCUGUGGUCACUGAAAAUCCUCUACCCAAAGACGCUCUUUCUUCUCCGGGGGAACCAUGAAUGUAGACAUCUGACAGAAUAUUUCACCUUCAAACAAGAAUGUAAGAUCAAGUACUCAGAGCAGGUGUAUGACUCCUGCAUGGAGGCGUUUGAUUGCCUGCCUCUGGCAGCCCUGAUGAACCAGCAGUUCCUAUGUGUGCAUGGGGGGCUUUCACCAGAGAUUCACACGCUGGAUGACAUCAAGAAGUUGGACCGGUUCAAGGAGCCUCCGGCGUUUGGGCCCAUGUGCGACCUGUUGUGGGCCGACCCCCUGGAAGACUUUGGCAAUGAAAAGACCCAGGAGUACUUUGGCCACAACACGGUCAGAGGGUGCUCCUAUUUCUACAGUUAUCCAGCAGUGUGCGAGUUCUUACAGACCAACAACUUGCUGUCAAUCAUCAGAGCGCACGAAGCACAGGAUGCCGGGUACCGUAUGUACAGGAAGAGUCAGACUACAGGUUUCCCCUCGCUCAUCACCAUCUUCUCUGCUCCAAACUACCUGGAUGUCUACAACAACAAAGCUGCGGUGCUGAAGUAUGAGAACAAUGUGAUGAACAUCCGUCAGUUCAACUGCUCCCCUCACCCCUACUGGUUGCCCAACUUCAUGGACGUCUUUACAUGGUCGCUGCCCUUUGUUGGAGAAAAAGUGACUGAGAUGCUGGUCAACGUUCUGAGCAUCUGCUCUGACGACGAACUCAUGAACGAUGGAGAGGAGAUCUACGACGCCAGUGCAGCGGCAGCGAGGAAAGAGGUGAUCAAAAACAAGAUCCGAGCCAUCGGGAAGAUGGCCAAAAUGUUCUCCGUUCUAAGGGAGGAGAGUGAGAACGUCUUGACCCUGAAGGGACUGACCCCGACAGGCAUGCUGCCCAGUGGCGUUCUCUCUGGGGGCAAACAGACCCUGCAGAGCGCUACCAUUGAGGCCAUUGAAGCUAUCGAGACAGUUAAGGACGCCGAAGCCAUUCGAGGGUUCUCUCCGCAGCAUCGGAUCAGCAGUUUUGAGGAGGCCAAAGGUCUGGAUCGGAUCAAUGAGAGGAUGCCGCCGCGUCGCGAUGCCGUCAACAGCGUGGGCCUGUCGAUGGGCCGCAUGAACAUGGGAGAGCCCAAUGGGACCGACAGCAACAGCAAUCUACAGUGAUGGACGUACAUGCCCACGUGCCCAGACACACACACCUACAGUUACCACACUGACCUGGUCCCAUAUUUCAUAUUAUGUGUACAUAGGCAUAUAUACAGACAAGAAAAAUGCAUCACACACACACACACACACAAUAUUUCCUUUACUAAAUAGGUACAGACAACAUAAAACCCAAUGCAAUUACAUACACACAUCCUGCCCCUUUUCCCGCCGCCAUCAGCUGUUAUUUAAAGGCAUGAGCGUACCUGGACUUUACCACCAAAGGCUCAAUCUCUUCACUGAACUGAUUGGCCCCAUUUAGAGAACUACAACUCUCAUGUACCUGCACAACCACAGGAAAAGAGUCUCCAAAAAUACUCCCCACACAAAGCACGAGGAGCUACUGUUUGCCUUGUACGGAGGGGGGUGGGGGGAUCACCAGCGGGCUGACAGUGACAAGUCUGUGAAGGUGUGCUGUUUGUGAUGGACGGGGUCAAGUUUAAGGGUUGGUGCAGACGGCAAUCGGUGGGGAGGAGGUAUUUAAGUGUCAUGUAUGAUUCUUUUUCCUGUUUGCAUCCCCAAAACAGGAAGUGGAACCAUUACCAAUGCUGAUUUUCCAAAGUGCGUGCACAUGCUUUUAACGUGUCGGUGUCUGUAUGGCUGUAUUUGGAAAAAAAAAUGAAAAAGUGUUUACGUUUGCAAACACGAGCAGAGCCGGGCAUCAGGCAACGGCGAGAAUAUGUUUUUGAUGUGCAGUGUGGCGGCUUAUCUGCCAGCGAGAGAUGUGCGGAGAUAAUCUCAAGCUGCGGUCUAAUCUGAGCCUCGCUAUCGUUUCCUCCUUUGGAGGAGAGUCCCAUUUUGCUUUUGUAGCACCACACUGCAAGCAUACGCCACUUGAAGUCAAGUGGCAGGAAACCCCCCUGCCUACCCAUCCACCCAAAAAAGAAACAAAGAAACCCCCUCGUGGCUCCAAAUGUGACCCGGGAUCAUAUUUGAAGUGUUUCUCCCCACCUGUUGUGUGUAAAUAGAAUAAAUAAGAGAGGUUUUAUUGCACAUCUUGAUGCGUUUGGUCACAGGGCCUGCAAGAUGCAGUGUAUGGUAACGUGGGAUGCCUAAUGUACUGCAUGUGAGGGAGACGCAGAGGUGGGGGAGGGGAGUUGAAAUGUGAAUUCAACACUCUAUUCAUUCUCUUUCUACAUCCUCCUUUCUUCCCGAGUUGCUGUCUGCUAAAAAGACAGCAGUGACUGCCGGGAAUCUCCGGCCUAAAAACCAGGAAACGAUAUUCCACUGAGGAAACACGCUCUUCUGGCGAAGGCAGAAGCCAAGACAACAAGAAGAAGUCCGAAGGGGGAAAAAGGGUCUUUGUAAAGCAUUUAUAUUAAAGCAUCAGUGCAUGCAGAGUUAAGUUCUUUGAUAAUAAUGUGAAGAUUAUAUUUGUGCUCUGUGUUUCACUAUGGUAGGAUUUUCUUUUCUUCUUGUUUUUCUGGCUAAUAUAAAUGAACUGAGGUAUGAUGAACCAUUUAUUUUGUACAUAAUGUUAAUUUUAUUUUUUUUUGUAUUCAUUUUGCGUUCGAUUUCAUUGGGGGUUAUUUUUGCCGCCUUUUUUUCCCUUCUUUUUUCACGACCUGUGUUUCCGGUUUCUUUCGACGCUGUACAGAAUGACGACUCACUUCUAUUCAAAGUGUCAAGUCCACGUUCUCUCCUCUCUUCUUUGUCGAUGUACAGGAGUUGUUUUUAAAUGAUAAAUAUGAAUAACGAUAAACAAAUAUUAAACUAGCAUCGAUGAAUGACCAUUACUAUAUACAAAGGCACAGGCAUUCAGGCAGCCAAAAGCAUGAUUGCAUGGUUAAAAUUUACGCUGUUCAAAGCAAAAAAGCAGCAGACACAUUUUAACGGGAGGCGUGUUGCCGUCACAACUUAAAGGAAAAAAGUGUACUCUCUCUCUGAUCAUAAUUCUUGAUGAUUCCUCUUGUUAUUUGAUGAUAUUUAUGAGUCUAUGAUUAUUAUGAUUCUAUUUAUUAUGGACAUUAUUCUUAAUAUUAAGCUCUCUCUCUCUCUCUCUCUCUCUCUCUGCUGGUUGCUCUUCAUGUUGCGUUGCUCCUUGGUUGAUCUUGUGCUUCUCUGGGAGAGGUGAACCCCCCUUGGGAGACCCUGUGCCAUAGAAAUUGUGCCACGGUUCUGACUUUCUCUGUCUCUUGUUCAAUCUCUCUCUCCCUCUCUCUCUUGGUUUCUCUCUCUUUUCUCUCAACUUUCUGUUUUGACUCCCCCGGUCACUAACACUGUAAGCAUGCCCCAUGGGACGAUCCACUUUUUUACUCUUGAAUAAAAUAUGCAUGAACCUUU